GUGAGUACAAUUCAACAAGGUCAUAAUAUAAUGCUGCAUUUCAUCAAGCACUAGUACUACUAAUUAACAGCCAGCAUCCCCCUAAAUAUCAAAAAUGCUAAACUUACAGAUGAUUUAUACAAACUUUAACGGACUAACCCCUCUCCUCUCACUAAUCUUGCUCCCCCUGAUUUUUAAGGUGGACCCGCUUCAUCCUAAACCAAUCAAAAUAUCCCAUCUAAGCUCUGUCCGUAAUCGUUUUGUAAACUCUCUGUAGUUAGCAUUGCUCCCUAAAUAUAGGAGAUCAUUUUCCUCCAUUGGUGAUUAACCUCACGUACUUUCGGCCACCUCCUCCGCACGCUCCGUCUCCGUCGUGCCGGCCCGCCGUUUCGAUCCCUCCGUCGAGAUGGCGGCAUCCUACGGCCGCCACCACAUGCCACGGCGCUAGCCCUCCAGAAAGAGAGGCAGCAAUGGCGGUCCCGUCGUCGUCGUCCUUGUUGUCGCUGCUGCUGCUGCUGCUGCUCCUCGCGCUCCCGCAUCAUCGCUCCGCGGCCCAGGACCACGGCGCCGCCGCCGUCAACAUCUCCGCCGUCGAGGCGGCCGUCCGCGACCGCGCGUUCCAGCUGCUCCACCGCACCGACAAGCUCGUGGGCGUGCCCCUCACGGCCUGCGCGUCGGCGUGCGGCGUCGUCGCGGUCCAGGCCUCGGCGCUGCGCGUGCGCAGCAGCUCCCUCUGGUCCGACGGCGUCAACGCCACCGCCGCUGACACGGCCGGGUUCACCGUGCCGCCGCGCGUCGUGCCGGCCCCGUUCGCCCGCCGCGUCGACGUCGUCUUCGAGCGGUUCGUCGGCAACGCCUCGGCCGCGCUCUUCGCCGCGCCGCGCGGGUACGCGCUGGCCGCCCCGGUCGCCGCGCUGCUCGCGUACGACGUCUCCGCCGGGAACAACGGCAGCCGGGCCGUCGCGCUGCGGGCGCUCGGCGCGCCGGUCCGCGUAGAUUUCGGGGACCUCGCGCCUGCGGCGGCGGCGACGAACGGGACGCCGCCGUUCAACGCCACGGCGGCCAGGUGCGUAACCUUCGCGGUGGACAGCGGGAAGGCCGUGGCCACGCACCCCAUGGCGUCGGCGACCGCGUGCGCGGUGACCGGCACGGGGCACUACGGCGUGGCGGUGCGGCUGCAACCGCCACCGCCACCGCCAACGACAGUACUGCCGCCGCCGCCGCCGCCCGGGGCGGUGCGGGAGCGGUGGUGGGCGUGGACGGUGGUGGCUGGCCUGGGCGGGGUGGUGGCGGUGAGUUUCCUGGCGGUCACCGUGGCCGCCGCGGUGCGGUGGAGCAGGAGGCGCAGGAGGGAGGAGAUGGAUGUGCGGGCGUUGGCCGGGGAGGAGCUGGGGAGGAUGGCGGUGCGGGGGAGCAGGAUGCCGGCGGCGAAGAUGGUGAGGACGCGGCCGGAGCUGGAGGACGGGAGCCCGCUGGCGUGGCGGCGCUAGCUCCUCCGCCGGUUGCACCGUCGCCGCCUUGUGUGAACUAGGUGUAUUCUUUUUUUUCUCAGCAUCAGACAUUCAGCCUUGGUAUUGUCAUUGUACAUUAUUACAUACACCACUUUAUACUCUAAUAUGAUAUUUUGUGUAAACUCAGAGUAAAAAUGUACACUGAAAUAGGUCAUUAUCUUGAGAUUGAGAGCAACAUAUCACUGCAUGUUCUUUGAGAACCAGUAGCAGGUUGCAAUGGGGAAUGGGCUGUCCACCUCAUUUACCGAAUCUAAUUGUUGUUCUUA